CUGAAUUUGCGCUAACAAUUAAGAAGGAACAACAUUUAUGGAAUGCACUUCAUGUAACUGAUGCAGUUUUGUGAAAGCUUAAGGUUGUGGAACAAGUUUCCAGGAGGAUCUUAAAUAACUGGCAGAAUGAGCCAUUGGAAGAAAAUGGAUAAAGAGGAACUAGAAAAGCAGUACUCUCCCAGUUGCUGGUCGCAUCGUAUGGGCAGAUCUGCAGUAAUAGAAUCUCACAUCAAAGAACUUACUAAAGGUACCCUUAAAGGUCGCAAGGAAGCUCAUACAAAGUUAGAUGAAGCCUAUGGACAAGAAGAUUGUGAGAAGUUAGACAUUUAUCUACCUCCAAAUCCAACAACAGCUCCGGCUCUGCUCAUCUACUUUCAUGGGGGGUACUGGCAGAUGCUGAGCAAAGAAUUGUCAGGUUUCAUGGUGCCUCCACUGGUUAGAGCUGGAGUAAUUGUUGUUGCUGUUGACUAUGUACUUGCACCAAAAGGUAACAUGGACUUAAUUGUGUCUCAGGUCCGGCAUAGUGUGGCCUACAUCGUGCAGCAGUAUUCUGCUGUGAGUGUUUACAUCUGUGGGCAUUCUGCUGGCGCACAUCUAGGUGCCAUGGUGCUGUGCACAGACUGGGCAGAGUACAGUGUAACACCUGAUAUAAAAGGUGCUUUGCUUGUCAGUGGAAUUUACAACCUCUGUCCGAUUGUCUACACCAGUGUCAAUGAUGCUCUUCAGAUGACUGAGGAUGAUGCUGUCCGAAACAGCCCUAUGGAGUUUGUAAAUACCAUGAACGGAUUGGAUAGGAACUCAGAGAUUGUGGUUGCAGUAGCUCAGUAUGAUUCGAAUGAAUUUAGGAAACAAUCUCAGGAAUACUACCAGGCUAUUAAGGCUGCUGGAUUCAAUGCAUCUUUUCAAGAUAUAUCAAAUAGUGAUCAUUUUGAUAUUAUAGAGAAACUGGUGGAAGAGAACUACAUCCUAACACAGGUUCUGUUGAAAAUGGUAUCCAGAAAAUGAACAGUGAACUACGAAACCCACAGGAGGUGCCUCAUGGUUCCUAAUCAAGUUCAAUUAAGUUCUGACCUUAUCACCCACUGGUCUAGUCAAAUCAGGAUUACACACAAUGACUCAGAUAAUUUGUUCUCAAUAAUACAAGUUAUAAAUAUAAAGGUUAUCAUAUUUGGCUAUCUAAACUUAAGCUAUUCCCACUCUGGUGAUUAGCCAUGUGAUUUAGGCUUCCAUGUGUACAGGUGAUCAGCGCUAUCCACGAUCCCCUUGCAAGUUGAUACACUGUGCCCUAAACAAACAGGCUUUACAGCCCUAAAACUGGCCCUGUUUGUUCAUCCAAUCAUACACUCUACACAUCCAUACACAGCAACACAACACUACAUUUUAGUAUAUCCAUUUAUGAUUGUGGGCUGCAGUAAGUUUUCAAAAUAUCCUAUUAAUCGUGAUAGUGUUCACGACCAUUGACCUGCCAAAUUGUUCUUUUUUGACGGAUUUUGAGUAACGUCCUACUUAAACUGUGAUGGUCGGGAAAUAGCAUAUUCCCCAGUAUUAGGCUUCUAACACAAUAGGGCCAGAUUGUCCAUUCCACUCUCACUGUGCAAGUCCUUAGCCUCCACCCUAGCUGCUUCUGGGAUUGUCUACCACCCUGUAGCAGACCCCAGAUUCACCCGUUUCUGGAAUAGAUCCUGCAAACUAAACUAAUCACACCCUUAGUUAGGAGCAAUGAAUUUCAAUUUGCCUGGGAUGUAUAUUAAAAAUUAGAAGUCACCAGAAUAAAACAUUCCGCAGAAAUUAUUUGGAAGUAUGAUUUAAUUGUUUUUAAAAAGCAUAAGAUGUUUCUCAGCUUAAGUUCCUACUCUCAGCUUAAAGUGGUCCAUCUCUGACUCUUCCAUUGCCGUCUGGAUCUCUCCAUCCCCAUCUCAGGGGAUAGGCUAGCCAGAAACAUCUAUUACAAAUGCACAGACUCCUAGAGCUAUAUUGAUUAUCCUUUCUACCACUUUGCCUCCUAUAAGAACUCCUUUCUGUUCUUCCAGUUCCUCCGUCUCCAUCACAUUUGGUCUGAUGGUGAGGCAUUCUGCACAGGUGCCUCUGAAAUGUCUUCCUUCUUCCUGAGCCGUAGCUUCUCCUCUACCUUAGUGGAGAGAACCCUUGACCGCAUUUUAUCUAUUUCCCACACCUCUGCUCUCAUCCCCUGUCCCCUUGGACAGAGCAAGAAGAGAGUUCCCCUGGUCCCUACCUUCCACCCCAGGGAUUGUUCUUCGCAAUUUCCGCCAACUCCAACUAGAAUUCCACCAUCAGACUCACAUUCCCCUCCCCUCUCAGUAUUUCAAAGGGACUGAACACUUUGCAACUCCCUGGUCCAUUGUUUCAUCCCCAUCUACCACUUCCCGUCUUAAAGCAGUUUCCCAUUUAACAGCAGGAGAUGCUACACCUGUCCUUUCACCUCUUCCCGUCCCACCGUUCCAAGACCCAUACAGUCCUUCCAAUGCGAAGCAGCAAUUUGCUUUCACCUGCCCAUCUAGUACACUGCACCCAGUGUCCACAAUAUGGCCUCCCCGACUUUGCAGAAACCAAAAUCAGAGCGGGUGAUACCUUUGUGGUGCAUCUACACUCAGUCUGCGGGAUUGACCCUGAGCUUCCGGUUUCCUGCCCCUUGAUUUCACCAUCCCACUCUGACCUUUGACUGUGGGUUCUGGCACCAUUACCAAAACACCUCAUCUUCCACCUAGGCAGACAACAAAGCAUAAUCUGCUACUUAACUGCCACAUUAAGUUACUUGGUCUCACCUUUUCAGAGAUAUUCCCUUCAUUCCACCCAUCCCUCUCCCACCUUCUCUGCUACUGAAAACUAACUUGUUUUCCCUCCACGGUUCUGAUGAGAAGUGAAAACUCAAAAAAAAAGCUACAGAAAAGUGACAAUUUUUGUCACCUAAAAGGUUAACCAUUUCUCUUACCACAGAUGGCCUGCUGAGCAUCUUAAAAUUAUUUAUAAUGUCGUCCUAUGGAGAGAAAAUAUCUUUUUCACACUAUUUGACUGUUUCAAGGCAACAUUUUAGUGCCUUUAUAUAGUAGUAGUAGUAUUGCUUCUUGACGGCUGAGAAUUGAACAGCAAUCUGGCAUCUUCAAGAGGGUCCCAUUGGAAAAGGACAAGCCAUUAUUGGGAGUGUCUGAUCCUGAUACAAAUCACUGACGCACAUGCUCAGCUUUCGGAUACAUAGCAUGGCCCAAUACUUAUUUUGGUGUCAGUAAUUAUUUUAAUACAGGUAUGUAUCUACUUAGUGUGGACAAAUGAGGCAAAUUAUUCUUAACUACACUGGUUUUGAGUUAAAUUGUUGACCGUGGCGUAAUUUUUGACUUCUGUACAAGAUCAAAUCUUACACUAUUAUGGCAAUAAUUCCAAUAGUAUGUGAGAAAGCUAUUUUUGUAAACCAGUAUUUGAUCCAUCACGGGCACAACCCUCUCUACCAUCAAGGACAUCUUCAAGAGGCAAUGCUUCAAGAAGGCAGCAUCCAUCACUCAGGAUCCUCACCAUCCAGGACAUGCCUCUUCUCAUUACCACCAUUGGGGAGGAGGAACAGGAGCUUGAAGGCCCACACUCAACAUUUCAGGAACAGCUUCUUCCCCUCCACCACCAGAUUUCUAAAAGGUCCAUGAACACUACCUCAUUACUUAUUUUGGCACCUUUUAUUUAUUUUUGUAAUUUAUAGUAAUUUUAUGUCUUCGCACUAUACUGCUGCCACAAAACAACAAAUUUCACGUCAUGUAAGUCAGUGAUAAUCUGAUUCUGAUACACAGGAAAACAGUGCGCAUUUCUGAUAAAACAUCAGAUGUUUAAAGCCCAGGAUUCUGUGGUAUAAAGUGACCUACCAGUUGAUUUCAAUUUUGCUUAUAUAAAUCAGAUUUGCUCUUUCAGGGAGAUUUUAAACAGCUGUGUUGUCUAUUGGUUUAAAUUGGAAUGACCAAAAUUCUCUGAUAAUUUGUUGAAAUGCCAACAGCUCACUGGGGAGUUUAGAUUGUGUUAAUUGUCUAAGAUUCGUGACAAUUUAUAUUCAUCUUAUUUGUUUCAAAACAUAUUAAUAAAUAUGUUUGGUAAAAUACAUAUGGAGGGC